AUGGAAAUGCCCGCUAGAAGAUCCACCAACUACUUCCUCCUCAACCAAACGCCUGAAGACAACUUAACGGUUCCGUUGUUCAACUCUUCCUCCGGCGACGGUCAAAACAACCGGAGCAAGUUGGAGAGAGUAUCUGAUUGGGACUCCGUCGCCGAUCACAGGCAGGGGAACCGGAUCGGGAAUUUGUACUCCUCUUUCGGGAUGCAGCGGCACUCCAGUGGGAGCAGUUUCGGCGAGAGCUCGCUCUCUGGUGAGUUUUACGCCCCCACUUUGUCCAACGUCGCCAUCGAUGAACCCGACGGAUUCAAAUUUGGCGAGGUCAGAGGCAGGUAUUCAGACGCGGUGGGGAGGAGCGACGGAUCCUACGGUAAGAGCUGGGCGCAACAGACGGAGGAGAGUUAUCAGUUACAGCUGGCAUUGGCUCUUCGGCUUUCUUCCGAGGCCACUUGUGCUGAUGAUCCCAAUUUUUUGGAUCCCGUGCCCCAUGACUCGUCUUCCAGGUCACCGUGUUCCCCCGAGAUUGUGUCGCAUAGGUUUUGGGUGAAUGGCUGCCUAUUAUACUUUGACAAAAUUCCUGACGGCUUUUAUCUAAUUCAUGGGAUGGAUCCCUAUGUAUGGACUGUGUGCACUGAUCUGCAGGAAAAUGGCCGAAUACCUUCAAUAGAGACACUAAAAUCUAUAGACCCUUCUUCUGAUUCUUUACUUGAAGUAGUUUUAGUGGAUAGACAUGGUGAUCCUAUCUUAAAAGAAUUGCAAAACAAGGUACAUGACAUUUCUUGUUGCUGCAUAACAACAACAGAUGUUGUAGACCAGCUUGCAAAGCUGGUAUACAAAUGUAUGGGGGGUUCAGCUUCUGUAUGGGAAGACGAUCUUUUUUCCACAUGGAGGGAUUGUAUUAAUGAUCUAAGAGAUCGCUUAGGAUCUGUUGUUGUUCCAAUUGGCAGUCUAUCUACUGGACUUUGCAGGCAUCGUGCUGUAUUAUUCAAAGUGCUAGCUGACACUAUUGAUUUACCAUGUCGAAUUGCAAAGGGCUGUAAAUAUUGUUCAAGAGAAGAUGCCUCAUCUUGUCUUGUUCGAUUUGGGUUAGACAGGGAAUACAUGGUUGAUCUAAUUGGGAAGCCGGGUUGCUUAUGUGAGCCUGAUUCCUUGCUGAAUGGUCCAUCCUCCAUCUCAUUUUCUUCACCCUUGCGCUUUCCAAGACUCAAACCAGCUGGACCAACCAUUGAUUUCAGGUCACUGGCCAAACAGUAUUUCUCGGAUUGUGUGUCCACUGAGCUUAUCUUUGAUAGUGGUAUUGCAGAACAGUAUGAAAGGCAGUACAGGGACAGGAGCCCUGGGUCAACUCCAAAUGAUAACAACAAAAAUUCUCGUGUUCCUUCAGAACAACAAACUAAUCAUCCAAGUGCACAUGAUCGAGGCUCCAAAACAUUUAAAUCAGGUAACCCUCCACAGAAUGAUGUCGAACCAACAUUGACAAGUAAGGAUUCAUUGCCUUUAAAGCAUAAUAGUCCUGGUCAUAGAGAUACACGGACCAGAUUGCUUAUGUCUAGCAAACCAUCUAGAGAGUUUUCCCUAGAUAUGGAGGAUCUGGACAUACCAUGGACUGAUCUUGUUUUAAAAGGGAGAAUUGGAUCAGGUUCUUUUGGAACUGUACAUCAAGCUGAGUGGAAUGGCUCCAUGAAGGUUGCUGUGCUUGAUCAGCUGAACUCAAUCUACAUGUUGUUUUUUUGUACUUUGUUGCUGAUUGGCCUCCCAUUUGCUAAUGUUGUUUCAUCUACAACCAAAUAUGUUUACAGAGAUUUUGAAAUUGAGCUGCACAGCAAAAACCACU